UAGGUAAAAUAAAUACUAGGGAAUAGAUAUUCUCUUAAUUAAAUGAUAUUCGUGUUUAUUAUAUUAUGGCGCCAGUAAAACUACAAAGUACGUACCUAUUAAGUAGGUACCUACCUAAGUAUAGCCAGAACCAGAUAAGAUAUUAUCAUUAUUGAACCUCGAUGACGCUUUAAACACAACGUAAUUUCAAGGCAAACAUCAAUUUAGCGUAAUGAUUACAUGAUUUUGCAGCAUUUCUGAAGUAUUAUCAUAUAGAGAAGGUUGUAGGUUGCUACAGUAUCUUUUAGAAGGAAUAUAAAAUAAAGUUUCUUCCGAAAAAAUGUCAUAUAAACCAGUUACUCAUGUAUUAUUCGAUAUGGAUGGGUUGUUAUUAAACACUGAAGACUUAUACACAAUAGGAUUUGAACAAAUCGCUUCUAGAUUUGGCAAAAAGUUUACAUUUGAACUCAAGUGCAAAAUAAUGGGCCAGCAUAGCAGAGAGUUUGCUGGCAACAUCAUCAAGGAACUGGACCUUCCACUCAGCGUCGAUGAUUUCCUUGCGGAGACAAGAAAGAUUUUUACUGAAUUAUUUCCACAAUCUAAAGUUAUGCCCGGCGUCGAGAGACUGCUCCUUCAUCUACAUAAACAUAAAAUACCAAUGGGACUAGCAACAAGCAGUAGUAAAGAAACCUAUGACAUGAAGGCGACUCGGCAUAAGGAAUUGUUCAGACUGUUGUCGUACAAGACUUAUGGGUCCGACCCUGACGUGAAGAGAGGGAAACCGUCUCCUGACAUAUUUUUGGUAGCUGCAGCUAAAUUCGCUCAGAAGCCAACCCCUGAGAAAUGUCUAGUAUUCGAAGACUCUUUAAACGGCGUAAGGGCAGCAGUAGCAGCCGGCAUGCAAGUCGUGAUGGUGCCAGAUCCUCGCUUCGACCGCAAUCUGGCGCCCGAAGCGACGCUCAUACUCAACUCUAUGGAAGAUUUCCGCCCGGAAACGUUUGGUUUGCCGUCGUUUGAUAAAUGAAUAUCAGAUAAAAUGAGAAUAAGGGCGGUUACGCACUCAUUCGAUCCGAAUCCGUGAAAAUAAAAAAUAAGUUCCGAAAUAGUCAUAGAACUAUUUAUAUGGCAGCUUAUGCACUAGAUCCGACUUUUCUCCGUUAUCCGUGAGAAUGCCUCGGAUGUGCCUCGAUUCAAAUUGGAUGUUUAGAAUAGAAUAGAUUUUUAUUCAAGUGGACUUUUACAAGUGCUUUUGAAUCGUCAAAAUAAUUUAUCACGUACCAGUAUGAGGUAGAUAUGUCAAAGAUGGUCACUGAUGGAUCAGACAUCGGAUUAGUGUCAUAAGCAAUAUCCGAGAUUUUUAUAUCCGAAUUUUCACGGACUCGGAUGAGUGCGUAACUUCUUUUACGGCUGAAAUAACCCAAUUAUAAUUCUAUCUGUAAUCUAUCGGUCGGUUACGCAACGUUGUUACUUGUCAAAAAUAGUAAGGUCUUUUUUGACAAUAAAAGUCGUUAAUAGGCACCUAUAAUAUCGACAGAUUACAGAUGGAUUGAUUUCGACCGUAAAUGAAAUACGUAGAUAAGUAUUGACUUAUGAUUCAUUUGCACACCUCUAGGUUUAAGUUAUUUAUUUGACAGAUCUUGGUGCAAUUUUCUUUUUUAGGGUUCUGUACCCGAAAGAUACCAACGGGACCCUAUUAACUAAG